AUGAAGGCGAUUGCUGUAAUAUUGUCAUUAUUUCUAUCUCUUGUCAGUGCUCGAAUUGAUUGCGAGAAGAGCGUAAAAUUGGAAGUUGUUUUAGAGGAUGUUAAUCAACAUGGAAUAUCUUAUAAAAAAGCAGUUGUUGACAAAUCUGUUCCUGCAGCUGUAGUUUUCAAAGUGUUCGGUGAUGGAAGAAAAAUAGAUGUUGAUACAUUAACAUGGAAACAUAAUGAUGUUAUCAUAAAUAUCGGUGAUAGCGACAGUCAAGAUGUAUACUAUACAACUGAGGAACGUGGUUCUAUACUCUUUAUCACACUACACAUUAAAAUGCCAACUGCUCGUGUUACAGGCAUUUGGUCUCUUACGGUGAACAGUAAAGAUGGCAAUCAACAUGUUGGUGAUUGUUCAGUUAGAUCUGGACCUGUGAUCCGAUCGAGAUUCAGUGCAGUUCGUGGUCAUGAAGGCAGUCCACUAUCUGUUCUAUGCGAAGUUGAUGGUUUCCCGGCACCACAUCAAGUUACUUGGAAACGUCUUGUUGAAAGUAAAGACAGUAGUUCUGGUAGUCAGUUGCUUUCAGUAACCAAUGCUAUUUUAAAAUCAGAUGGGAAAACUAAUGGUGCUAUAAUGGAAUGGAAAGAUGCUUCAGAUUCUACUGGAUUCUAUUUAUGCACUGCUACCUCAAACUUGGGAACAGAUAACCAAUUAUUAGAAGUUCGUAUUAAAAGUAAAUUGGCUCCGUUAUGGCCUUUUAUUGGAAUUAUUGUUGAACUUGUGAAAGUGAUCGCUGUUAAAGGAACUGGAUCAUUUCACUGA